AUGUUGUCCACUGUGUUGAACACCCAACUUUUCCCCCUUUGUGAAACCAACAAAUUCCUCCGCCGGCGCCGGCGCCGUGAAAACGGCGAACACUUUAAGAUCUGUGCCGUGAAAUCCUCUUCAAGCCUGCCGGCGAUCGAGAUAUCUCGACCGGUGUUGUCCGACGACGAGAGGCGGGAGCUAUUGACGAGCUGGGAGAGUAUCAGCCUGCCGCCGCUGAAGGCGGCGAAGAGGGUUGUUCUGGUACGACACGGGCAGAGCACGUGGAAUGCGGAGGGUCGGAUUCAAGGAAGCUCCGAUUUCUCGGUGCUAACCCUCAAGGGCGAAUCUCAGGCCGAGACCUCGCGCCAGAUGCUUCUCGAUGAUACCUUCGAUGUUUGCUUCUCCAGCCCACUUACAAGGUCAAAAAGAACUGCAGAGAUCAUAUGGGGUUCCCGAGAGGAGGAAAUAAUAACGGAAUCCAACUUGAGGGAAAUCGAUCUCUACUCGUUUCAAGGCCUUUUGAAGAAUGAAGGGAAAGAAAGAUAUGGUGCUGCUUAUCGUCAAUGGCAAAUAGAUGCAGCGAAUUUCAAUAUUGACGGUCAUUAUCCAGUGAGGGAAUUGUGGUCGAGAGCUAGGAGCUGCUGGGCAAAGAUACUCACACACGAAAGCAGAUCAAUACUUGUAGUUGCUCAUAAUGCCGUCAACCAGGCUCUUGUGGCCACAGCAAUGGGACUGGGCACCGAGUACUUCAGGAUACUGCUUCAGAGCAAUUGUGGUGUGAGUGUGCUGGACUUCACACCAAAACACGAAGGUGGAUCUGUGGAUAUAUGCCUUAACCGUCUAAAUCAGACUCCAAGUUCACCUGUAUCCGGUGGCAGCUCUGGAGGGAGGAAAGCAAAUAUGCGAAUUAUACUCGUCUGUCAUGGACUUUCUCAGAAUGAACAGGGCACAAAUUCAUACUCUGGGGAUAGCCCAAUGAACAUGCUUGGCAUAAUACAGGCACAGAAAACUGCUGAGCUACUUCUUGAUGUGAAGGUGAGCUGCAUAGUCAGCAGUUGUGCUGUAGCAUCAGUUGAAACAGCAAAUGCAAUUUCCAAGGUUCAAGAAGCCGCCGACUGCUUGGGAGCUGAUUGCGUGCCGCGCUAUGUGGAAAUGAAGCAAUUGCCGGACCUCGAUGUCGAAAACAUUCUUAAUAAGACAAAGCAAGCUCAACUAAAACAUACUUGUGCUUUCGUAUUUGCAAUGGAGGACUUGACGAGGCCCCAAACUGUUCAAUCCGGUUGGCUAACCCAAUACGAGGAUGAGACGAGAAUGGCACUGUGGGAGCAGGCCGGGCUGAGCUGGAAACAUUUACUGGAUGAACUCUCGAAUGGGCCUGACUCUGAAAAUAAUGUGGUUUCAGUUGGGCACCCGGCUCUUCACAUUGGGCUGGUGGGACAUUUCUUGGGCCUGACAGAGGAGUGGCUAGGAUCGUUUCAUCUCAACCCAGGCAGCAUCAGUGUGGUCGAGUUUCCUGACGGGCCUGCUGGCCGGGGGGUGAUCCGGUGUAUCAACUACACGGCGCACCUGGGGAGAUGGUCAAUACCCAUAACAAGAUCAACCCUUGAUGAUGAGGACUUUUGA